AUGAGUCAGGGCUUCCCAGGGGGUGUUAGUGGUAAAGAACCUGCUUGCCAAUACAGGAGAUGUAAGAGAUUUAGGUUUGAUCCCUGGGUUGGGAAGAUCCACUGGAGGAAGUCAGGGCAACUCACUCUGGCAUUCUUACUGGAGAAUCCCCAUGGACAGAGGAGGCUGGUGGGCUACAGCCCACAGAGUCGCAAAGAGUCGGGCACAACUUUGCAACUGAGCUCACACACACCCCCGCACCUCGUCCUCCCUCCCUUCAGCCCCGCACUGACCCCAUUCUGUUCUGCUCUGUCCCUGUGUUGGACAGAUGUUCCUCCAGCUGUUGGCUCCCCCCUGCUCUCCUGA